AGGGAAACCCCCCCUCGGUGGGAGCGGGGAGCGCCGGGCUUUGUGCUGCGGGACCCGCCGCCGGCUCAGCCUCCUCUGACACUUCCACGGGGAGGAGGAGAAGGUGGAGGUGAAGGCGACCAGCCGGGGGUGUGGAGCGCGGGGGGAGUCGCAGAAACAAAAGGAACCCGGCUGCAGAACUUCCUGAAGGCGGCGAGGGGGGAGCGGGCAGCCGCCUGCGGCGCUGGGGAAGGGGCGGCAGCAGCCCCUCGGCCCUGCUCACCAUGAGCGGCAGCAGCGUGAUCCUCAGGAGGAACUCCAGCAAGCAGGGCCUGCAGAACCUCAUCAGGCUGACAGCACAGUGGAGCGUGGAAGACGAGGAGGAGGCAGCCAGAGAGCGGCGGCGGCGGGAGCGGGAGAAGCAGCUGAGAUCCCAGGCGGAGGAGGGCUUGAAUGGCACCGUCUCCUGCUCGGAGAGUGGGGGUCCAGCAGAGGAAAACCACUAUGACUUUAAGCCAUCUGGGACUUCAGAGCUGGAGGAGGAUGAGGGCUUCAGUGACUGGUCCCAGAAGCUUGAGCAGCGCAAACAGAGAUCUCCACGACAGUCCUAUCAAGAAGAGGACAGUGGUGUGAGGGAGGCAGAAGCCAAACUGGAACAGAUUCAGAUGGAUGGGCACAGCCCAGAGGAGACCUGUGAGGGGAGUGUGGCUACUGGGGAGGAAGAAAGGCUGUGCCAGGAGGAAGAACAGGUCCAAGAGCAGGAUGAAGAAGAGAGAGCUGAACUAAAGGAAAAGAAAAGGAGGAGAGUUGAAGAUGAGGAGGAUGAUGAUGAAACACAGGAAAAGCACCAGGAGGCUCCAAGCCCAGCCAGCCUGGAAGAGGAGGAGGAACUGUCCUCUGAUCCCAUUGCUGUGUGCUCCACCAAGAUCACGGACAGGACCGAGUCGCUGAACCGCUCCAUAGAGAAAAGUAACAGCAUAAAGAAGUCCCAGCCCCCCCUCCCUGUGUCGAAGAUCGAUGACAGGCUGGAGCAGUACACACAGGCUAUUGAGACCUCCACAAAGGUUCCCAAACCUGUCCGACUGCCUUCUCUUGACCUUCCUAACAUGAGCAUGAUGGUAUCCAGCACAAAAAGCCUCUGGGAGACUGGAGAGGUGGCAGCUCAGUCUGCUGUGAAGACCCAGCCCUGUAAGGACAUUGUGGCUGGAGACAUCGUGAGUAAGAGAAGCCUUUGGGAACAGAAGGGCACUCCCAAGCCUGAGGCCAACGUCAAGGCUACUCCUGGCAAAAGGUAUAAAUUUGUUGCCACGGGCCAUGGCCAGUACAAGAAGGUGUUGAUAGAUGAUGCUGCAGAGCAAUAAUGUGCCUGGAGAACACAUUAACCAGCUGAGCUUGGUCCUGGCUCGAUGCGACCCUCAAUGCCUCUAUUUCCUCUACUGCACAGAAGAUAAUUGAAGGAUGUUUCUCCUCUGCUGCCUGAUGUCAGCCUGCUUUGGUACAGCCUGACCCAUCUGGGGUGUGAGCAAUGCCCCACGUUGCCUCCGCUUGGAUGAAAGGAACAGGAUCAGCUGGCAAAACUCCAUCCCUCUUUUAACCUCCUGUGGGAAUCUUUGGCUUCUCCUAUCUGUUUUGUUGGGGUUGUUUUUGGGGCUGGGAGGGUUGUUUUGUUGUCUUCAUCUGGCUCUACUAAGGAGCUGGGAGGCUGUGGCUCUGCUUCCUCUCUCCCCACCCCCUUUCUUUUUCCUGAAGGAAGAGAGGGAUCUGCUGCCCUCCUGAGCUGGCAGAGCUUUUGCUACAUAGUGAAGGAUUUCCACUUCUGUGGCUCUUGCUGGCUGGAUGGUAAGAGAGGGAAUUCAGCAGAAACCCAGUAGAAGAAUCUGUUUGUGAGGAAGGCAGUGAUGGGACUAUCUUCAGUGUGAGGAGGCUGCAAGGACCACUUAUCACCCUCUUGGUGCUAGCUGUGGAUAAAGUCUUCCCCUGUUUACAAAGCAGCCUCUGUCCCUCUACACCACCCGCACUGAGGGACUUCCAUCUCAUCUUCUGGUCUUUGUACAGCAAAUCAUUCCACUUAGUCCUGCUUUCCUUUAGUUCCCAGAGCAUCCUUUCAUCACUUAAAUACCCAUGUCAGCACCUUCCUGCUGCUUUGCUAUCUCAGCAGUGCCAACAGCAGCUUUGUUUCCAAGAGCUGCUCUUGUCCCCUCCCUGUCCAACGUGGACUGGAGAUUUCCUUUCCUAGGUGAGGAGUGCUGGCCACUGGCAUCACCUCCCUUAACUGGGAAAAGGGAUUUGCUUGCUCUCUAACCUGUGGGCUCCAGUGCUAGUGGUUGAAACUCUUCUAAAGCCAGAGGCUGAUGACCUGCCUGGAGGUGGACAGGGGCUGUGGUUGCUGCUCUUGUGCUGGAAGCUGCCUUGGUGAAAGAGCAUCCUAGAGAGCUGCUUGGGGAGGUCAGGGCUUGCUGUGAAGAUGGGGAAACUGAGCCCCUGCAGAAUGGCACUCUGGCCUUUGGGUCUGAGGGCUGGAAAUCAAAUCCCAGGGCUCUUUCUCAACUGUCCCACAUCUUUACACUUCAUGGUUUUAGCUUGUCCCUCAUCCCCUUCUUUAAAAUCUUCUUCCCCCUUCCCAUGUCAAUAUGAUUUUGCAACUUGUUUCUGCUCCCUCGAUGGAGGGCAGGGCAUCUUCUCUCACCUGCUGCCUCAGUGUGCUUUCUGCUUGAAUUUACUGCAUCCUGGAGCUUUGGGGUUGUCUGGUUUUGGUAUUUUUUGGGGGGAGGGGUUGUUUCUGGAUGGUGUUUUUUUUUGGGGGGGUAAGCAUUUAAUAAAAUUUGAGGAAGAUGUUGUAACCAUGGCAGCUCUGAGGAGUUCCUUAAUGUAGAGUUCCUGCAACAAAGCUCCUUCUCUGAGACCUUGCCUUUCCUGCUCUCUCUUUCCACAGUGUUGUUGUGUUUUGCUUCACUGGCAUCUCUGAAGCUUUCAUUCUAAGAUGUAGCUCAACCCUUUUCUGGGACUGUUGCAUUUUGGCUGUAACAAGAGUAAGGAGGGGCAUCAAGUGAGUCUUUCUUGCUAGCCUCCUCAGAGUCUGAUAGAGUAAUUAUUUCCUGGUC